AUGCGCACGUACGACGACACGUUCUCCGGACAGAGAAUCUACCCUGGAAAGGGUAAGCUCUACGUCCGCGGUGACUCCAAGAUCUUCCGUUUCCAGAACGGAAAGUCCGAGUCCCUCUUCCUCCAGCGCAAGAACCCCCGCCGCAUUGCCUGGACCGUUCUGUACCGUCGCCAGCACCGCAAGGGUAUCUCUGAGGAGGUCGCCAAGAAGCGCACCCGCCGCACCGUCAAGGCCCAGCGUGCCAUCGUCGGUGCCUCCCUCGAUGUGAUCAAGGAGAAGCGCUCCAUGCGCCCCGAGGCCCGCUCCGCCGCCCGCGCCGCCGCCAUCAAGGAGUCCAAGGACAAGAAGAACGCCGACGCCGCCGCCAAGAAGGCCGAGAAGGCCAAGUCCGCCGCCGCCGGUGGCAAGAAGGGCCCCAUCGCCUCCAAGCAGGGCUCCAAGGGCGCCGCUCCCAAGGUCCAGGCCCGUACCCGUUAA